AAAAUUUAAUUUGUGUAAUUUAGAAGAGAACAUAGAAUUGUAGUCCUUAUUAAGGAGUGACUUAGUUCCAUUCUUCCAUGGUGGGAGUUGAGCUGAGUAGAGAGAAAGAAGAUGGUGGCGCGCAGGUUUCUGGUGGUCCACGACGACUCUGACUUUGAUCUACAUUACGACACAGACGACGGCUUCGAAGUCUUUCAAUUCCAGCUCUAUUCCCUCACUUCCGUUCCACCUCAUCAACAAAAGAUUUUCGGAGCCGAACAAGAUACUCCUGUGGUCAAUGACUCUGAUCUCUUCGCCAUUACUGACAAACUACGACUCGUCUCGGUCAACGACUCCGAACCCGAACCAAGCGCUGCCGAUUUGUUGAAAUCCGAUGAGGAAUUGGCCCGACUCUUGCAGGCAGAGGAGGAAGCGCUUAUGUUGCAGCAGUAUGUGGCGAGCGAAAGUCCUCGAGAAUUUGAUAGUAGAGUACGGCCCCACGUUAGUCAAGUCCGCAUGUAUGAGGAUGCAACACGGCAGGAGGCUGCUCGGAAGUCCGUUCCUAUGGAAGAGCUCGAGGAGAAAGCUUUGGUCUCUUUGGCCAAGGAGGGGAACUUCAAGCCAUCAAAAAUAGAACAAGAUCAUGCUUUCCUGCUGCAGCUGCUUUUCUGGUUCAAACGAUCCUUCAGAUGGGUGAAUUCACCAUCUUGUCGUGAUUGUGGCAAUGAAACUGUAGGCCAGGGCAUGGCUCCUCCACUUCCUUCCGAGACUCUUUAUGGGGCUUCUAGGGUUGAACUCUAUCGCUGUACUGUUUGCUCCCAACUAACUCGCUUCCCUCGGUACAAUGAUCCAAUGAAGCUUGUGGAAACAAGAGAGGGCCGCUGCGGGGAAUGGGCCAAUUGCUUUACAUUCUAUUGUCGAGCUUUUGGCUAUGAGUCACGUCUGAUCUUGGACUUUACAGAUCAUGUUUGGACAGAGUGCUUCUCUCAAUUCUUGGGAAGAUGGAUGCAUCUUGACCCAUGUGAAGGAAUCUAUGACAAGCCAUUAUUAUAUGAAAAAGGGUGGGGGAAAAAAUUAAAUUAUGUAAUAGCCAUAGCAAAAGAUGGAGUUUAUGAUGUCACCAAACGAUACACAAGGAAGUGGCAUGAGGUCCUAUCUCGACGUACUAUCAUUACAGAGCCUUCUUUGUCAUCUUUACUCUCUAAUAUAACAAAAGAAAGUCGAAGAGGUUUUGCAUCUCAACUACUUUCAAUUAUUGAAGUCCGUGAUAUGGAGGAAAACAAAGAACUUGAGAGGAGUUUACAUGCUGAAGAUGACGAGUCACUCUCAUUACCUGGAAGAAGAAGUGGGAAUGAGGAAUGGCGCAAAUCCAGAUUAGAAAUGGGUUCUGAUAAGCUAAGUUCCUCUGCUUGCCCAGUUCGUUUGUGCGUAGAUGAGCACGUGACAAGGAUUUAUAAUGCAUUCCGUCCUAUCCUUUAUCAAUUUGUUGGGGAAGAAUUAACAAAGUCGGAAGCUGUUGAAGUACUCAGGAUUACUAAAGGAAUUCUUUUGGAUCUUAGCAAGUCCCCCUAUAAAACAAGAAGGACCUCCAUUGACACAGUUCUAGAUAACCCAAAAUUUCAGAAACUAUUGCCAUCUUUUGAUGACUUACUUGGUGCUCUUUCACUGGAGAAAAAGGUGAAUACAGAUGGGAGAGUUGAAUUUUGUUUGUUUGGUGACCCUGUAGUAACUUCUUUAGCAUUGCCUGUUGCGUUAGAUGCUCUGGAUGACAUGAUUUACAUUCUUAACAAGUGUGAAAACUAUGGGAAAGAUAUGUUUCUGUUGCCAUUUUUAAAAUUAAAUAGAAUACAUUCCGGUUCAGCCAUUGCAAGUUCAGAGGAGUUGCCUUUUGGGAUUAUAACAUCAGCAUUUGAUGGCACCCGAAUUUCUAAAUGGGAAGAACCAAACGGAGCAAGAGGUUGUUGGGUCGUGUAUAGAACAUUUGGUAACGAGAUGUUUGAGCUUGUAGCAUAUGAGUUGAUGUCAGCCAAUGAUGCACCAGAAAGGGAUCCAAUGGACUGGAUUCUUGAAGGGAGCAGUGAUGACGGGAUCAGCUGGCGAGUUUUGGACAAGCAAACCUCUCAGUUCUUUGAAGACCGUUUCCAGCGUAGAACAUACACAAUCAGUUCUGCAAAUUUUCCAUGUAAUGUUUUCAGAUUUAGGUUUCUGGCAGUCAGAUAUAUUCAGUCUAAUUCCCGGCUGCAAAUUGGUAGCAUUGACCUCUAUGCGAAAUCUAUAGGUAAAUUGCGAGCAUAAUUGAGCAAAUUCCUGUCUAUAUGUCUUAUUAAUAUAAGAAUAAGAAAAGGAAGAUUAAAUUUGUCUAUACCGUAAAAGGAAGCCUAUCACGGUGGAUGAAAUGAGGAGGCAAACCAAAACUUCCUUGGCUUGGGUGUAUAGUUAAACGCCAUACAUAACAGUAAUAUUAUUUAUACCGGUCAAUGUUUUAUUAAAAAAAAAGCUGUGACCGCUUUGAUUUUUUAAAUUAUUUUAUUGGCAUGCCUUAUAAGGCUAGAGGUUUUACUUAGUUUUUUGGCAGUCUAUGGAAACUUGUGGGAAUGAUUAAGCUCAAUUGGUCUGAAAUGUCGUUUUUAAGCAUUUGGAUUUUGCGGGGUGGGUAGUGUGUUCUAUGGAUUUAUUUUUCCUGCACGUUUAAACGUUUAUAUUAGAACGAAUUUGAUUGAUUUUUGUUGAUUA